CUUGAAUCUUGUCUACCAUAUGUUUGGAUCAAACGAAUACCGAUGAUUAAUCUAUCAGUGGAUUUCCAGUUCCCAGGAUAAGGCUUCUCGAUAAGGUCCUCAAACAUGAUCAUCGUAUGUGCAACACUCGAGGACCAUAAUUGCAUGAAGUGAUUCUGAGACUGAGUCUUGGCCCCUUAGACGAUACCUGUAGGUGGCCAUGCAUUACACAUAUGCUUUCAGAGCGCUGAUUCCGAAUGGGAGUCUGAGACUGAUGUGCGCAGGCUACGGGAUAACAUCUACAGUAUACACUGGUUUCCUUCGUGGUCGAGGGACCGACUCGGACUCUGUAGUCAUGCGAACCUCCAGCAAUAUCUUGAUAGUGUCAUUCUACUCCAUGGUUUUGUGCCGAGCUGGCAAAUAGCGUCAGUUCAACAAUUCU